AUGGGUAUGAAUGACGACCGAUGGACGAUAGCCGUUGGCGACUGGAUUCCUCGGGGUUUCAAACGUACUGCAGGAAGACCACCGACCCAAUGGUCAGAGUUCUUCACGAAGAGUCUAGAAGAAGGGUAUGAUGCUCGCCCAGGCACCAGUGGUCCUGGUGCUGGUGGACCACUUGGAGGACCGAUGUCGGCUGCUGGAAUACUUAACGGCUAUGGACCUCCAAUAAAGGCGAAUGCGAAGUCGCUCAUCCUCCUUAUCAACUGCUUGUCUCUUUAUCGCGUCGUCAUCAUUGCAACGCGUGCCGCGCCGUCACAACCUGUUCUUACACGUUCGUUUUUCACUCGAGCAUCGACGCUUCUCAUGGAGACGCUCAUGGUUGAUUGUUCACUCAAAUGGCAAUGGUCUCCAUGGGAACGCUCAAGAACUAAUCAGCGAUGUGUUUUAUUCAAGGAAUGGCAUCAGGAGACCAGUCGUGAUCUUCGUGAUCAUGUUGUUGGGAGACUAGCCAAGGCGAUCCUCUUAUCGCUGGAUCCGAUUGUCACCGACGAUCAGCCGAUUCGUGACGCCAUCAAUGUUGCUCAAAAAGUGGAAACGGCCACGUUCGAGUUAGCUAACGAUAAAGAAGAGUAUUAUAACUUGCUUACGCAGAAAAUAUGCGAGUUUCAACAAGGCCGUCAAGAUUGGAAGAAUUCUGGACUUCGAGUUGAUGGAGGUGCCCGUGUUGCUGCCGGUGGUUGUGGAGCUGGAGUGCCACGGCUACAGCGGAAUCGGCGUAGCGGUUGUUCAGAAUACAUGGAUGAGCCGAAUGCAUCGAGUCGAACUGCGCGUUCGACUUCUCUUCGUGCUGGUCUUCAGGAAGCAAACACUCGCGAGCAACAAAUUCUUCAUUCUCAACGACCGUUGGAUCAACAUCGGGAACCCGAUGCGAAGUGGACAGGAGUUGAAGUGGAAGCAGUGGACACAGACCACGUUAUUGGUCCAAUUUCGUGCUCUAUAAGUGUCUCAUCAUCAAACAGCCUUCCUUGGAAGGCGGCUAAAUCGGGUUAUGAAACGAAGGUUAAAGAAGGGUUCUCAGACGAAAGCAACGGCAAAGGUUUUGGAUUCUACCACACCAACAAAAAAGAGAUUGUCAAGAGAGAUCCUACCCCUCCACCUGGAGAAGACACCAUUUUUGACGGGAAACUGUUAAGGCAUUAUUUGCGACCGGUGUGGGAGCAGAUCAAUUGGACAAAGGAGGCUGUUCCCUUUCGUAUGCCUGUUGAUCCUAAUUUACCAGGCUUUCGCAUUUAUAAUCGUAUAAUAAAGCACCCGAUGGAUCUUUUGACUAUAUCUCUGAAGUUGGAAAGUGGGUUGUAUAAAAAUCCUUGGGAGUUCUGUGAUGAUAUGUGGCUGAUGUUUGAUAACGCUUGGAUUUACAACGCAAAGAAGAGCAAGGUGUAUGAAGACUGUACGAAGGAUGGUGAAACAGGGUCGAAGCGCUACACAUACUGUCUGGAAUGUUUCGAGAAUUUGCCACCUGACGGCAUUUCGCUUUCUGAGAGCCCAAACGACCAGCCAAAUAUAGCACCGAAGGACAAAUUCGUGCAAAUAAAAAAUGAUGCCGUUGACUACGAGCCGUUCGAAAUGUGCAAAUAUUGCUACAGGAAAUGGCAUAGCAUAUGUGCCCUGCACGACAAAAAGGUAAAGUCUUUCCUUAAGAAUAAACUGCCAAAUAAUUUUGACCAACAUGUGGUGAUAAUUCGAACGUUAAGCACUAAGGAAAAGGAAGUCAAAGUUAAGCCAUUGAUGAAAGCGAGCUAUGGUCCCCAGGGAUUUCCGGACCACUUCUCAUGUAAAAGGAAGGCCAUUUUUGCUUUUGAGAUUAUAGACAAAACUGAGGUGUGUUUCUUCGGUCUCUAUGUUCAAGAAUAUGGAACCAACUGUAAGGAGCCAAACUCAAGGCAAGUAUACAUAUCUUAUUUGGAUUCCGUGAAUUUCUUCCAACCAAGAGAAUUGAGAUCGGAGCUGUACCAAGAGAUCUUGCUGGGAUAUCUCGACUACAUUAAACAGCUUGGAUACACUAUGGCUCAUAUUUGGGCAUGUCCACCGUCUGACGGUAUUGAUUAUAUCUUUAACUGCCACCCACCUGAGCAAAAGAUGCCGAAACCGAAGAGGUUGCGGGAAUGGUACAAAAAAAUGUUAGAAAAGGGUGUAACUGAAAAAACGAUCGUCGAGUUCAAGGACAUUUACAAGCAAGCGUGUGAUAGUAAUUUCGCCACACCAAUGAGUUUGCCUUAUUUUGAGGGUGAUUUCUGGCCACAUGUAAUUGAAGACUGUAUACGUGAGGUUAGUGAUGAGGACGCUUGGCGUCGUAAAGAAGUUUCGGAGGCGGAUGAGGGUGACACAUUUCAGUCGGUUGAAAGUAGAAAGAAAAAGCGGCCAAGUAACAACACCAAUGCACUUGAGAAGAAUUCGAAGAAGAAUGAAAAGAACGUUGGGAGUUCUUUUGAUGGUGAGGUGGCCGCUAAACUCUAUUCUGAGCUUGAAAAGCAUAAAGAGGCGUUCUUCACAAUUCGGCUGGCGACACAUCAGUCCGCUCUUUUACUGCCCGAUAUUGCUGAUCCGGAUCCAUCUGUGGCAUCAGAUAUGAUGGGCGACCGCAACACGUUCUUGGAAAGAGCACGUGAUGAACAUUGGGAGUUUAGCUCAUUGAGGAGAGCAAAGUUCUCAACUAUGGCGUUAUGCCGUGUGCUGCACGAGUCGGAUGCAUAA